AUGACGUUGGAGAAGCUCACGGGGCGUGCCCUUUACCAGGCGAUGGGCCUGCCGAAGACGGUGGUGGCUCCCAUGGUCGACCAGUCGGAACUUGCCUGGCGCAUUCUUUCUCGCCGCUACGGUGCCGAUCUCUGCUAUACUCCGAUGUUCCACGCUCGUCUCUUUGCCAACGAAGAAAAGUACCGCCGGCUGAUGUGGUGCCCUGAGCUUGAUGGCCAAAAGGGAGAUAGACCUUUGAUCGUCCAGUUCUGUGCUAAUGACCCCGAUACGUUGCUUAAGGCCGCCCAGUACGUGGAAAACGACUGCGAUGCCGUUGAUCUCAAUUUGGGGUGUCCUCAAGGGAUCGCCCGGAAAGGUAAAUACGGGGCGUUUUUGAUGGAGGACUGGGACCUUGUGUAUAAGCUUAUUAAUACUCUCCACAAGCAUUUGAAGGUCCCCGUGACCGCUAAGAUCCGCAUUUACGACGACUGGGAAAAGCUGUUAGAGUAUGCGAAAAUGGUAUUACUGGCUGGAGCCCAAUUCAUCACCAUCCAUGGGCGUACUCGUGACAUGAAGGGACAACAAACAGGGCUUGCCAACUGGAAAAUCUUAAAGUAUUUGCGGGACAAUUUGCCCAAGGACCAAGUGUUCUUCGCUAACGGUAACAUCUUAUACCCUGAAGACUUGGCUCGCUGCACUGAUGAAGUUGGCUGUGAUGCAGUGAUGCUGGCUGAAGGUAACUUAUACAAUCCAGGGGUGUUUUGGACCAAAGACAGCGACAUCGACAAGCAGUUCCCACGUGUCGAUAAGCUUUUACGAGAAUACUUUGAUAUCCUCAAAGAUGUAAUCCCCAAGGGGCUGGAAGCAUCACGCCACGCGAUGAAGGCCCAUUUCUUCAAAUUGCUCCACGCGUUCCUCGUCAAGAACCCCGAUAUGAGACCGAUGAUCGGGCAGACAAGUGUCCACGCUUCUCUUGACGAUUGGGAGAAGAUUGUCGCCGAAGUCGAGCUGAGAGUGGCUAAGAUCUACGAGGAUCCUGAAAACAAGGCUGAAGAUAAAAUAACGGUGGGUCCCGUCCAGCUGUGGGGCGGAAGCUACCGUACCGUGCCUUACUGGCGGGCUCAGCCGUAUUUCCGUACCGUCGACGGUGAAAAGCAAAAUACACGAGUGCUUAAAGUGGCGGGCGAAAAGCGUCCCGCUGAAGAAACCGACGCCCCCGUUGCCAAGAAGACAAAACCAGAGGCCACCACUGAGGCCACCACUGAGGCCACGACUAUGGAAACUAAGGCUGAGGCGAAGGCUGAAGAGACCACUACUCAAACCUAA